AUGUCAGGUUUUGUGAGAGCAAAGCGAGUUACUCAUCCUCUCGAUGAUCAAGCUAAAGCUCGACUCGUCGGUAGACAACUCAGUUACGUCAGUAGCGGAAGCGAACACUCAGCAGAGGAUGACGAAGACUUACCUUGUCUGUCUGAUCUCGUCCACGGAUUUCUUGAGAACGACAACUCAGAUUUUGCCGAGGAGCCGGUUAAUGGUUACGGAUCAGAUUCAGACCGAGUCGAAUCAGUCGCCGAUUGUACGGACUUCGUCGAAGAUAUGCUGCGAUCAAGCAAUAAGGAUUCGUAUAGAAAUUUAUUAUCCGCUCAUGUUUGGAAAGCAAUGGAAGAUUUUUCUAGCUUGAGAAACCAAAGGCCUGUUUUGCGGCGCAAAGUGAUGUCGUUUUUGAAAGAAUUAGGACACAAUGCAGCGAUCUGCAAGACCAAAUGGGAAUCUUCUGGUGGCAGCUUAACCGCCGGCAGUUACGAGUUCAUCGAUGUGGUGCAAUCAAAAUCCUCCACAUUGCAGAACCGUUACGUAGUGGAUCUCGAUUUCGCUUCUCAGUUCGAGAUCGCGAGGCCUACGAGUCAGUACUUGAAGCUUUCGCGCUCUCUUCCUCGUGUUUUUGUAGGCAAAAGUGAGGAUUUGAAGAUGAUCGUGAAGAGCAUGAGUGACGCAGCUAAGAGAUCGUUGAAGAGUAGAGAGCUCUCCUUGCCUCCUUGGAGAAAAAACCGUUACAUGCAAAACAAAUGGUUCGGUCCGUACCGCCGGACUGUCAAUUCCUCACAGGCGAACUCCUUGACAUCGCCAUCGGUUAGCGUUGUGAAAUGUAGGUGCGUAGGCUUUGACUCCGUCGACGGCCGUUUGUUUGUUCGUACGAGAUGA